AUUGCAACUGAUUGACGAAGUAAUGCAAAUGGCCUAUAGUGCAAGCAUCGCAUUCGAUGAUAUUCAAGAUGAGGCCAUUAUGCGAAAUGGUUUUCCUGUAACCCAUUCUGUUUAUGGACUUCACUACUCAAUAAACGCUGCAAAUUAUUUACAAUUUCUUGCUUGUGAAAAACUUAUCAAUUUACAUCCCAUGGCAGUUAAAAUUGUUAUUGAACAAUUUAUGGAAUACUACAAAGGUCAAGGAAUGGAUUUAUAUUGGAAGGAAAAAUUCAUCUGUCCGAAAGAAGAAGAUUACAAUAUUUUAGCAGUAAGAAAGAGUGGUUGGUUAAAUAUAAUGGUGGUAAAAUUAAUGAAACUAUUUUCUACUUAUGAAGAAGAUGUCUUGUCAUUAGCAAGUACUUUUGGAUUGUAUCGCCAGAUACAUGAUGAUUAUUGCAAUUUACGUCAUGAUGAGGAUACUAACGAGAACAGUUAUUGCGAUGAUUUGACCGAAGGAAAAAUGAGUUUCCUAGUUAUUCAUGCGCUUAGAAAGAAUCCUGACGAUAAGAAAAUAAUAAAUAUUUUAAAACAACGAUCGAAGAAUAUUGAAAUAAAACGUUACUGCGUUAAAAUAUUAGAAAGUUACGGCUCAUUUAAGUACGCAAAAGAUGUACUUGAUGAAUUAGAAGAAAAGAUGAGAACCGAAAUUGACCGUUUAGGUGGCAAUCCGCCUUUUGUAAAGCUUCUGGACGACUUCAGGAACAAGAUGUUGAAAACACAUAUCUAAAGAUUCUUUAAUCAAAUGAUAAAAUUCAUAAAUAUGUAUUUUGUUAUUAAUAAAACAUCAGACGCAGCAUUGUAUAAUUUGUCCAUACGUAUAUUAUAAAACGUUAUAUAAAAUAAUCUCUUAUUAAUAGCUAUA